CCACUUUUCACGACCAACUGACUUACCAACACACAUACACGACAUGCACGGGUGGAAACCAGCGUCACGAACGAUCGCUCGAUCAUUAACCUCGCUUCGUGGUGGAAACUACCAUGUCUCCGGCCUUGCCUCACACAAGGGCGUGAAAUCAGCAUACACAGCAUAUACUGGUCACGCAGUUAUGGCAACGCGCUCUAUUUCGUGGAAAGGCUUGUUCUCACCGUCGUCGAGAAACAAUGCACAACAAUCCACUGCCACCGAUUUAACUGACAGCACCAAAGUCAAGCUCGCACCUGACAAUUUGUUUCAUAAACUGAGCCAUUCGCCACUCCCAGAACUUCGCGAUCGUGCAGCCAUAAUUAACAAAUACGGUGUAUGUGCCGUCUGUGACACUCAUGAAGACCACGACCAUAAACGAACACCCGUCUAUGAAUGCCCUGACUGUGGUUAUCCAACACAUUGUAGCGAGGAGCACUAUCAUGAAGGAAAACAGGCACAUCAAGAGAUAUGUCAUAUUUUGCGAGAGCAAAACGAGGAUGAUCACGAUCUUCGUUCGGGUAGACCAAUGACCGAGUUUGAAUUCCCAAGUUCACAGGGAUUUGAUGAAGCGGUGAACAUGGCAAACUGGGAUGUGUUCUUCUAUACCCGCAGCUUUCCCUCCAUGGACUCGGACCGGUCAAUGCGACAUGUAUCGAAGCUCUUAACAUAUCCGAUCACGGUCGCAUCUAUUCUCCAUGAAUCGUGUCCAUACAAGCUUGGAAAGGAGGUUACACCGGAAGGCAUGCGCUCCAUCUCUGCACUACGAACGGUUCUCUAUCCACGAAAUGAGGUUGCAAAAGAUGGCGCGACACUAAUCCGCUCCGAAACGAUUAAUUUAUAUGUGGUCGGUGCUCGUGCCGAAGCAUCAUUACCGCAAUACAUCUGGCUGCAGCUUGCGUAUCUUUUCCCCCACACGCCCUUCCACAUUCACUUUGUUGGACCCGAUACAUUACCGCCUGGCAAAGAGCCUCACACGACGUCAUUAAAUGAACGUCUGGUGUUCACCUACGACAAUAGACUCUACCAUGACUACCACGAAACAAUCGACAAGUUUGACCCUUACACCGACCUCUUUUUCCUGUUCUCUCCCGGCAUCGGCCAUGCUGCCGCACGCGAAGGUUGGAAGACAUCGAUUGAAAAGGCGCUGGAGACCAAAUGUCCGAUCUUUAUUACCGGUUACGACAAGGCCGAUGUUGCCAAUGACGUUGAGGCAGUUGAACAAGAUUACCAGGGCGAAUUUGACUGGGUUCUCAAGCCAACAGAAAACCACUUUGGCAGUCUCAAGCGCGAUGUGAACCUUACGGACAUCCGCCAGACCAUCAAUGCCAACUGGGGUAUCUGGGGUAUUCGUGGCAAACGAUACGAUGUGACCCACCAGCCCGAGGAUGACGACGAAUAGAUCUCUGCCAUAUAAAAUGUAUUAUACAUGAAGAAAACAAAACGGAGGAUAACCUUCAAAGUGAAGGAAAAAAUCAGUCUUUGGGGUCGUAUUUUAGCGAAUCAAAAUUAGUAAUUAGCCAAUGGAGUACCUGAAUUUAUCUAAUUACACCAGCUUGCUGGGCUGGUUUGUGUGUUGUACAAUAAAGCGCCAUCUCUUUUUAUGU